ACAACUCACGUAAUCGCGUCCUUGGUGCGUGCUGUUGUUUAAUGAAUCGCUUAUCAUUUUUACAAAAUUUUAGUAAUUUUCUAUUUAAUGAAAGGACGUAAAUUGUUUAAUCAAAAAAAAGUUUUUUCUUAACAUACUGACAUUUUAUGAAUAUUUCAAACCAUCGACCAUCGAUCACGCACAGUUAAAUAAACUAUAAUAUUAUUUCCAUAGCAACAACUACUUGCAUCGUGAAUUCGUGUGCGUCUAUUGAAAUAUUAAUAUAAAUAAUACCUAUUUUCUUUGUAAAUAUUAUAUUAUAGUAUUAGGCCAACUUAUAUUUAAGCAAAAAUUGUAUAUAUUUUUAAAAUAUUUGUUGUUGUAUUUCUAUUAAAUGUUUGUUAAAUUGAGAUUAAUUAUUCGUUACUAUAACCAUGAUCUUUUAAAUGAUGUACCACUUUUUAUAUAGUCCCCACCAAAUAAAAAAUAAUAUAUUGUACUCGGUAUAAACCGGUUCAGUUUCUACUGCAACAGUUAUCAGUUUAUCACAUACGAUUUUUGUUUACUUAGGUACUUGUAAUUUUGUAUACGUAUUAGUAUUUAUUAAUUUAAAAUAUGUACAAAUAUUAAUUAUUAAAUAUAAAAAAUAAAUUAUAUUCAUGAUAUAACAAUACAUUCUAUUUUUAAAAAUGUAUUAAGUAUUAAUAAAUCCUUUUCACUAAAUUUAAGCUUUUUUUACACAAUUAAAUACCAACUACAAAAAUUUGGCAAGUAUGGUUGAACAGGUGGAUGUUAAACUAAAAACUUACCAUUGGACGAAUCAGAUCCAAUCCUAUGAGAAACUGGUUCACGACGAAGAAAGUAAAUUAAAUGUAGACCAAGGAAUAAAAUUAGGAUGGAUCGAAGGUGUGCUGAAUCCGUGUUUACUCAGUAUAUGGGGUGUUAUGCUUUUCUUGCGGAUGCCAUGGAUUGUAGGACAAGCUGGCAUAUUUGAUUCAAUUUUGAUUAUCUUCAUAUCACUUGUAAUAAUAGUUAUCACUACCUUUUCACUCUCAGCCAUCAGCACUAAUGGACGAGUUAAAGGAGGGGGUUUAUAUUUUAUUAUUUCCAGAUCAAUCGGACCGGAAUUUGGUGCGUCUAUUGGAAUCCUUUUGGCAUUAGCCAAUACCAUUUUAGUGGCGUUGAACACAAUCGGAUUUUGCUUAUCAUUAAAAUCAUUAUUGCAUACGUUUGAUAUAUAUGCAAUGGAUUCCAAUUUUAUAUUUAUACUUACAGGAUUUAUAGCGAUACUUAUUAUGGGAGUAUUGUGUGGAGUAGGCAUGGAUGAUGAAGCUAAAAUACAAAAUAUAUUGCUAGUUUUUAUUGUUGGUGCAAUUUUCGAUGUCUUAAUCGGAUCAUUUAUAGGACCAACUAAUGAUGCUGCAAUAGCUUCUGGCUUCACUGGAUUUAGCAUGAAGACGUUUAAAGAAAAUUGGUAUUCGCAUUAUACGGAUGAUCAAACGUUUUUUACAAUUUUUGCCGUUUUUUUUCCAUCUGUUACGGGUAUACAAGCUGGGGCAAAUAUAUCGGGAGAUCUUAAGGAUCCGAGUUCUGCAAUACCGAAGGGAACUCUGUUAUCGAUUCUCAUUACCAUUACUUCGUAUGUUGUUUUAGUAGUAGUGCCCGGAGCUGUUCAACUAAGGGAAGCAAGUGGUAAUCCAAACGAAAUUCUAAAUGAAUUUUAUUUAAAUUGUUCAUUCAGAAAUUGUACUCAAGGAUUAUACAAUAACGAAAAUUUGAUGCAGACAAUAUCCUUAUGGCCGUAUCUCAUAUACCUGGGUUGUUUUGCAGCCACCCUAAGUACUGCUUUAACUGCCUUAAUUGCUGUUCCUAAAAUAUUACAAAGAAUGGGUCAAGAUGACAUUUAUCCAUUCCUGAAAUACUUAGCAAAAGGUUAUGGAAAAUCUAAUGAACCUUAUCGAGCUCACUUCCUGGCUAUUGUAAUAUCAUCGAUAUUUCUUUUAAUAGGUGAACUGAAUGCUAUCGCAUCAUUCAUUUCAACGAUUUAUUUGUGUGCAUACGCUUUGUUAAAUUUGUGUACCUUUCAUGUUGCACAUUUUCAACCUUUAGGUUGGAGGCCAUCAUACAAGUUUUAUAACAAAUGGUUAAGUCUUGCUGGGGCUAUUAUUUGUUUUUUGGUAAUGAUAUUUAUUGACAAACAAAUGUCAGUAAUCGUUGGAUGUGUGAUAUGGAUUUUAUACACAAUUGCAGCUGGAAAGAAAGAUGAUAUAAAUUGGGGAUCCUCAAGGCAAAUACAACAAAUUAAAACAGUUAUAAAGAAUAUUUACAUGGCUGACACCAUUCAACAACAUGUCAAAAACUAUGUACCAAAUGUUAUGGUACUUUCUGGUGAUCCUGAAUCAAGAAAAGAAUUGGUCUAUUUUGCUCAUAUAAUAACUAAAAAUAAUGGUUUACAAAUGUGUAUCAAUGUAAUAAAGGAUCCUUUAAUACAUAAACCAAAAAAAGUAUUACUGAAAAAAGGAGUGAAUUGGUUAAAUCAAACUGGGAUCAAAUCUUUGUACAAUGUACUCGAUAAUAUAGAUUUGGAUAUUGGUGUUCAUAUAAUAAAUAGUUGUGGUCAUGGUAUUCUUAAACCUAAUAUUAUUUUACUUGGUUAUAAACACGGCUGGUUCAACUCUACGGAUGAUGAUAUUCAAACAUAUUUAAAUAUAUUAAAUUUAUCAAAUAUGGAUGGAAUUGCGGCUAUAAUUGUUCGGUUACCGAUGACUGAUACAACCAUUGAAAGCAAAGAUAUCAAAUUGGCUAAAACCACAGAAACACAAUUUUACGAAAAUGAAAAAGUAAACAGUACAUCAUUAAUAAAUGAAGAAGAAAAAUAUAAAGCAAAGGAAUUUGAUUGUUCUGUAAAAAUGCACAAUACUCAAUUUUCAUUUCUUUCAAAACGGAAUAAUGGGACAGUGGAUGUAUGGUGGCUGUUCGACGAUGGAGGUUUAGCGUUGAUUAUUGCACACAUAUUUAAAUCGUGCGAUGUCUGGAAAAAAUGCAAGUUUCGAAUAUUUGGUGUGACGGAUCAACUAAUAAACGUAGACACGGAGAAAAAUAAAUUAAAACAAUUAUUAUCCAUGUAUCGGGUUCAAUUUGAUUUUAUAGACGUUGUAUUAGCAAAAAGAACUAGUCUUAAAACUAUGGCAAAUUUCACCACUUUAUGGAACCAACAGUUUAUUAAUCAAGAAAAUCAACAACAGGACGAUGAAAAAUAUAACAAACAAACUGUGAUUGAUACCUUGUACGUAAAAGAUUUAUUAGAAACGUAUUCAAUGCAAUCUGAUUUGAUUAUUAUAUCAUCAUCAAAAACCACCGAGAAACUAGACCAAAUACAUAUGUAUUGGAUGGAAGUGAUAACUAGAGGAUUACCACCUUGUAUUUUGAUUCAUGGAAAUACAAUUCAAACUGUUACAGCCAGUGCUUAAAUUUGAAUAAUCUUUUAUCAUAUUAUAUUUUUUUUUAAGUAUUAAAAAGUGUCUACCAUUAAGGAUAUUAAAUUUUUCUUAAUAAUUAUGUCAUUACUCAUAAGCAUAAAUGCAUAAUAUAUUAAUAUAUAUCACUAUACUAUAAUACUAUUCAGUAGUAUACAAUGAUAACGAAUUGUUAAUUUGAAUUAUUUACUCAAUAAAACUGUCAUAUUUAUGAA